UUCUUUUUUUCAGGUAUCAGCAGUAACACCAUCGACAACAUGCUUUCAAAGUCAAACUUCACCACUCGUUUAUUUUCCACUACUGGUGCAGCACCGAAUACCGUCGAGCCAGCAAGCUGCAACUGCUCCUGCAGCUGUCACAAUACCAACAAUGACAACAUGAAGAAAGCAACAAGAAACACAAAGAAUUCUUUGACGCCACCCCGACGAUGGCUCGAGCGUAUCUGUGGUCGCCCAUCACUUUCUUCAACUUCAUCGCCCUCAUCAUCAACGUCCUCUUCGCAUACUUUGUCACCUUCCACUGAAGAACGGAAACAAUCUUUACUGCGCGACUAUCAACAGCUGCACGCGACUGUUCAAGAAGAGCUAGCGUAUGCUAUUGAGUCACAAGGCAGCAUAUACUAUGAAGGCGAUCUGAUCACUGCAAAACGUGCCCUGGCGGCCUACAUUGAUUGCUACGAAGAGCUGGUACAGCUUACGCGAGGCCCAGAACUCUUAUCACUGCAUAUUGAAUGGGAAGCGUCUCGCAAGGACUUAUACGAAAAACUCAAAAAAUUGCCAGUGCCAUGAAUUGGACCAACGAAGCUGUGCUUCCUCCUCUCCCUUCUUGUAUAUAGUACUAUAUACGUAAACAGGCAAGAUGCUGGUAGUCUUGUCUAUAUGAUUUUUGAUUGAUUCCCCUCACCGUCAUAUCAUACAGUGUUUAUUGCUAUCGAGUAUUAUCCCUACAACUACACAAUUUAUCAUUAUCAUCAUCGUUCAUAUCAUUCUGCCCAUUCAUUUUUUUCACAUAUUUUCUCCAUGGCUAUACCAUCAUACUGUAAUAUCCACACUCAUUCGUUUGUUUUCUUUUGGAUAUAUACAUAAUUCUAUUUAAUUAAAAUGAA